AUGUCUCAAGUAUACUUGCAUUCAGCUAAUCAGACUUUGUGUGCAUCUGCAAGUGGUACAGAACUGAAAUCAAUCAUUGAUAAUGAAACCACAAAUGAAAAAUGGACCGAAGACGCCUUUCCAGGAUUAGAAAUACUGUGCACAAUUUAUAUUACAUAUGCUGUGAUCAUUUCAGUGGGUCUCCUUGGAAAUGCUAUACUCAUCAAAGUCUUUUUCAAGAUUAAAUCAAUGCAGACGGUUCCAAACAUCUUCAUCACCAGCCUGGCAUUUGGAGACCUACUGCUUUUAUUAACUUGUGUGCCUGUAGAUGCAACACGUUAUAUUGUGGAUACCUGGCUCUUCGGAAGAAUUGGGUGCAAGCUGCUGUCUUUUAUCCAGUUAACCUCAGUUGGAGUAUCAGUGUUUACCCUGACUGUUCUCAGUGCUGACAGGUACAGAGCCAUCGUUAAGCCCUUGGAACUGCAGACUUCGGAUGCGCUCCUGAAGACCUGCUGUAAAGCUGGCUGUGUUUGGAUCGUCUCCAUGAUACUUGCUAUCCCAGAGGCUGUUUUUUCAGAUUUGUAUUCUUUCAGCAAUCCUGAAAAAAAUGUAACUUUUGAGGCAUGUGCCCCCUAUCCUGUAUCUGAGAAGAUCCUGCAGGAAGCUCACUCCCUGGUUUGCUUCUUAGUGUUUUAUAUUGUACCCUUAGCUGUCAUUUCUGUCUACUAUUUUCUUAUUGCCAGAACUUUAUAUAAAAGUACAUCCAACAUGCCAGCAGAGGAACAUGGUCAUGCCCGUAAGCAGAUUGAAUCCCGCAAGAGAGUUGCAAAAACAGUGCUGGUGCUUGUUGCUUUGUUUGCCUUUUGCUGGUUGCCUAACCACAUCCUCUACCUAUAUCGCUCUUUUACAUACCAUGCUUCUGUAGAUGCAUCCACCUUUCAUCUGAUAGCUACUAUUUUUUCCCGUGCCUUGGCCUUCAGCAAUUCCUGCGUCAAUCCUUUUGCUCUUUAUUGGCUGAGUAAAAGUUUCCGGCAACAUUUUAAAAAGCAAGUCUCGUGCUGCAAGGCAAAAUUUCGUACAAAGCCUCCCAGUGCUACCCACAGUAAUACGCCUACCAGAGCCCUGUCAGUCACGGGCAGCACACAUGGCUCAGAAAUCAGUGUUACACUGCUAACAGAUUAUAGUAUCACAAAAGAAGAGGAAAGCGUUUAG